GGACUUCCCUCCAUCCGUCAGCAGAGCUGAGCACUCGCUGGGGAACUACAGACCUCCACGGAGCUGCACUGGACAAGCGCCACCAUGGACGAGUUAGAUCUCUACAUGAAAAUGUUGGAAGAAACCAUGGCCGAUUUCGAAGACCAGUACGAUUACUUCAUGAAAAUGUUCAACGAAAGUUCCGAAACCAUGGACGUGACUGACCCAACCUACGUGGUCAAUGAAACCGUCCAGAUCUGUGCGAAGAACAAUGUCAAUGAGUUUGGAGCAAGAUUCAUCCCAGUCUUCUACUACGUCAACUUCGCCUUGAGUUACCUCGGUAACGGGCUUGUCCUCUUCAUCAUCCACAAGUACGAGAAGCUCAACACGGUGACAAACAUCUUCCUCUUGAAUCUGGUCCUCUCCAACAUCCUGUUUGUCUCCAGUCUGCCUUUCUGGGCCUGGUAUCAUCUGUCCGAGUGGAUCUUCGGUGCUGCUCUCUGUAAGAUGGUCAGUAGCGCCUACUUCAUCGGGUUCUACAGCUCCAUCCUCUUCCUCACACUCAUGACCUUUGACCGAUACCUGGCCGUGGUGCACGCGGUGGCGGCUGCCAAGAACAGGAAGCGAGUGUACGCCAUCGUUGCGUCGGUGGUGGUUUGGUGCAUCAGCAUUCUCGCAAGUGUGAAGGAGCUGGUUCUUAGGAACGUUUCUAAGAACCCUUUAACCGGACUCAUGUGCGAGGAGACGGGGUACUCGAAGAGCACCUUGGACAACUGGCGCCUGGUCAGUUCCUAUCAACAGUUCCUGCUCUUCUUCCUCUUUCCUCUCAUCAUGGUGAUGUACUGCUACAUCUGCAUCACUGUACGUAUCCAAACCACCCGCCUGAAGGAGAGGUGUCGCGCCAUUAAGCUCAUAUUUGUCAUCAUCUUCACCUUCUUUGUCUGCUGGACGCCCUUCAAUAUCGUCGUCCUCCUUCGAGGUAUCAAGAUAUCCCAAUCCAGCCCAGAAGAAGACCCAUGUGAUGACAGUCUAGACUACGCCCUGUACGUGACCCGGAACAUCGCCUACUUGUACUGCUGCAUCAGUCCUGUGUUUUACACAUUUGUAGGAAAGAAGUUCCAGAGUCACUUCAAAAGACUGAUGGCCAAAAGGAUUCCCUAUCUGAGGAGACAUCUCAGCUUGGACAGCCAGACCACCAGGUCCACAUCCCAGAGGACACCACAUUCUGUUGAUGACAUCAAAGCUACGAGUAAAGUGUGAAUACUACUGUGGAUAAGUCUAUCUUCGAUUGAUCGUAGCUCAUGAUUCAGGAGGUCUCCUCAUCAAGAAAGUCUCCACACCAUUCUUGAUGUGGAAGUAAAGGUCUCAGUGGGAUCCUCCGGUACUGGUCUUUUAUCUAUUCCCAACGUUAGAACCAAAACCUUUGGUGAAGC